AUGGACGGCGAUGACAACAUCAAAAUACGCUCUAUAUCAACAGCGGGGUGGUCACUCGACGCAAUCCUCAACCAAGCCAAUUUCGUACCAGUUGACAGGUUUUCUGCAAAGUCAGACGCCCAAAUCAACAAGGCAAUAGAAGAUUUCGAGAAGCACGGAACGCCAACUAUCAUCGAUGGAUGGCACGAACGUGACGACUGGCCCAGGGAUUUGUUCACCCUGGACUUCUUUCAGCGACACUCGGAAUCAGAAGGCAAGUCGAACAUCCAUGACUGGAGAGACAGCACUAUGCCCCUGGACGAGUUCAUUGCUGCCUCUCGAGAAGCACCUCCUUGCGUAGCACCCGACGAGCGGGUCCGGCUGUAUGGAAAGGAUGCAGAAUGCCCUAAAGAAUGGAGCAAAUGGAUCAAGGAAGCCGAUGUCAUCCCUGAAAGACUACAUUGGAAUGGGUCCAAUGACUACUUUCGAUACCGCCCCAAGAAUGCACGAGUAGAAACCCUCAUGUGCUAUCUCGGCAUUGGUGACACCUUUACUCCAGCACACAAGGACCUCUGCGCGUCAUCCGGACACAAUCUGAUGUGCUACACCGAGAACGAAGGGAGCUCGUACUGGUUCAUGACCAAGAGUUCAGAUGCAGCGAAAGCGAGCGACUUUUUCCAAACUUUGGGGCAGGAACUAGACCACGAAACCCAUGUCAUCACGUUGGGUGAACUCGCCAAAGCUCCGUUCAAAGUUUAUGUCGCUGAACAAAAGCUUGGUGAUUUGGUCCUCGUUCCUCCUCGAAGCUGCCACCAAGUGGUCAAUUUUGGCGGCAUCACUCUCAAAACAUCUUGGUCGAGGAUGACGCUAGAUGGCCUGGUGACAGCCUUUUAUCACGAACUUCCCAUCUACCAAAGAGUUUGCCGCUUGGAAACCUACAAAGUAAAAAGCACCAUCUUCUGCGCACUUCUCAAGCAGAUCAAGGAGCUCGAGGAAGCCCAUCCCUUUUCGGCCUCCCUUAUCCUGACUGACAUUCGCGCUGAAGGCAAACCGAACUCUCGAGUAAGCGCCCUAAUUAAAAGCGUUGAUACACUUCUGGCGGUAUUUCGAGACAUUAUCGCUCAAGAGUGGAGCAAAGAGAAGCACGAGUGCCUUGAGGCAUCCGCAGACGUGUUGGCGAGCGAACAGGCUAUGGAGCAUUGCCUCGUCUGCGAUUUCUGCGGCGCCGACGUGUUCCAAGCGUACCUCGAAUGUGAUCAAUGCAAGGGGGUCUCCGAUGAUGGCCGGAGCUGCAAAUGUGUGGUCAUGAAACCCAAGCAACGCUUCCCCUUCGAGGAUCUUCUAAAAGUCGUGGGUCGAGCCAGUGCGAUAAUGAAGGGCUUCGAGCCUGACUGGAAGAUGAAACCUUUGAAGGCUUACUAUUCCACAUUCAAAGCGGCGUGUCUGAUGAGGAGCAUUCGUAGAAAGUACAAGUGUGUCCUCACCAAAGAAAUUGAUUGGGCUAUCCACUGUCGAAGCUGCCACAACUCUAAAUCAUUCACCGUCCUCCUCCAACGGUUUCACCUUCACGCGACUGUGGCCGUGUCUGCAUAUGCUGAGGCCACAACAGACGACAAAGGGUUCCACAAGGUUCACCAGGAAGCUCCUCAUAAAUACUGGAGAAAGCAACAGGAGAUGGAAAUUAGCCAAAUAGAAGGAACCCGCGGUCCCAUCGAUACACUUCGCGUGCAUUAUGCUCUGAAAUAUCGGACUUGUCGACCAUGGUCGUUUGAAUGGUCCAUCCCGGGAUUUUAUGACGAGGCUAUUCAGGACUGUGGUACCGAUGAACCUUCUGAGGACCGAGAGGUAGUCAACGUCGACCUGGAGUUCUCUCCUCCCGGAUCUCCCGCGGUCGUGAACCAAUUCCUUCUCGAUGAUACUGACGACUAUCCUUCGGACGACUAUUCUUCGGAUGACUCGCCUUCGGCCUCACCUACGGUACACGAGUCGCUCGACAACUCAUACCCUUCCUUACCCCAGCCUAGCACAUCCAAAGGAAGGCGGUUAUUUAUGGACUAUGUGCUGGUCCCAUCCGCACCUUACCCCAUUCCUAGCGACUCGAUGCGGGAUUCAUCCGCAAUAGAGAACCCACCCGGCCCUUCCCGGGGUACCAAACGGAAACAACGGCCGUCUAUCGGCUCUGCGUCGACGAAACCAAGAAUCGCGACAAGUUCUGAAGGCUCACAGUCCGACUCGGACGUAUUAGAACGACGGAAGCCUGCACCACCCAAACCUAAGACGCGGAAUGUCGGCACCAAUUCCAGCGUUGUCGGGUCUACAACCUCACUUUUGGCUGCGUCCUCCAGUACAACGCCUUCACUACCUCCCUCGCACCGCUUCAAGUCAGGGUUGGUAGCAACGCCCAUUCCGAGGUUCCAUUCCGUUUCUCCAUCAGACUCCAACGAUGAUGUACCUCCGUCUACACCCGUGGGCGCGCCAGCCGCUUCAUCAAGUAAAGCCCUUGGAAAGCGGAAGUGCAUGGAUCCCAGUUCAUCCCUGGCGGAUGCGAUGAACAGAGCGCAUGUACACAAUGCAAAGACCACACCAUCCCCUGCCAAAGCUUCCACCGUCCGUUCGGGUCCUUCGAAACAGUCAGAUGAUUCAUGGGAGGGGGCAGGGGGACUCUUGGAACCACCGGAUCAUUUCAGGGAGUGGUUUGAAAAAGAAAUCCGGCCAGUUUUUAAGCGCCAGGGUGCAAGACUGUCGAUUCCUACCGAUUGCGAUUCAUUCAUUUCAAGCGUGUCCAAUGGUGGUUACGAUACACUGUUGCAGAUCACGACAGAAGAGGUCAUUAAGGACGUCGUGACCAGGUACCUAGCCGCAAUGAUCAACGAAAAACCCCAAGCUCGCCAAUUUCUUUCUCACAUUGACGACUCCAUUCGCCGUGGUCAUUCGCAGAAAUCGCGAACAGUGGACCCAAUUGGGUCUAGGAAUGCACCUGUAACUGAAUCAAGUGUAGAGGCCCAGUCUUCCAACCCAAAGCUACACCAUAACGUUAGUGGUCGCAAUGGAGAUCGAUCUUCCGCCGUCUUCCGCUCGUCUUUGCCUCAUAAAGGCGAACAACGUCGUGGCAGAGGGGAAACGCGCAAGAUCGUGGACGAAAGACCCAAGACUGGUAUAGCGGACGCUUUCAAUCAACGCAUUCACGACCCUCAAUCUCUUCCAACACGAGGGAUACGCUCACCGACCAUGACCAAGAACCCAAAUGCUAAAUCCAAGAACGCAACUCUGCCCCUCCAGAACAAUGACCGCCGUGGAAGCCUGGUCACCCAUGUGAAGCCGAUUGCACCUACCAAGAGAAAGCGAUCUCCCAGCCCUCUUCGCAAACGGACAAUGAGCGACAAAUUGCAAGCAGAGCUAGACCUAACUCGUUUAACUCGUGGAUUGCCACGAAGCACUCGCGCCUCUCAGCAAAGAAGUGAGUCUCGCGAUACGAACCGGCAGUCCUCGCAGGACAGGAACAUCGACACAAGUCGCCCGUCAUCUCCUGCUACCUCGGAAGACAAGAUGGGUUUGGAAGGGGGUUCCCAGCAGACGGUGUUACACCGAUCCCGCAUGUUUAUACCCAACUCUCUGCUCAUGGGUCCUAGUAAUUCCUAG